UUUCUCUGAUAGUAUUCUUUAUAAAGAAAGAAUGGGUAGUUUGUAUCAACCGAAGGUUAUGAUAUUGAACCUUUAAUACAACAUCGGAAAAAAUUGGAACAACAACGACAACUCUAUUUGGAAAAACAACGCAAGAAACAACGCGAUGAAAUGGAUAAGCUACAAAAGUUGAUCUCUUCAAUGAAAGUCUCUUUGGCCAACCACGAAAAGGAAUUGGAUCAACGUUUUAAUGAUGAUACUGCUAAACACAAAAAGUUGGUGGAAGAUGCUAUUGCUUUCGAUGUGAGAAAAUAUGAAGAAGAAAUGAAACAGAAAAAGGCUAAAGAAGAAGAUGAAAAGAAUAAGAAACAACUUUUGGAAGCAAAAAAGAAAGCUCAGGCUGAAAAGAAGGCUCAAUUGGAAUUGGAACAAAAAAAACUGUCUUCAAAUAAAGGUGGUGCUUCAUCAACAGGAUUGGAAGAAUACAACAAACAUAUGGCUGCUAUCGAAAACUACAAGAAGAACAUUAAACCCAAGCUUGAAGACCCUGCAUUUAGAAAACAAUGCUUUGAAGCCAGACGACUUAUCAAGAGAACAAUUAUCCAACUUCAAUUCAAACACAAUGUUAUUCUCGAAAAGUAUCAAAUUUUACGGGAUCAUAUUCUCAAUGUCAAAAAUCAAUCUAUCGAUGCUUUCCAUGUCCUACUGAAUCAUGUAGGAAAAACACUUUUGUUACAAGUUAGGCAAGAAGUGGAUGGGGCUCCAUUUUCAGCAUACUUUUUGGCAAAGUUGGCAGUAUUACUUGCUGGUAGCAUUCCUGAAUUCAAGGAUUAUCUUUAUGGACGACUUUUGAAACGCUGUCCUUAUCUUGUUCCCAACUACUUUGAUUAUGAUUCGACAUUAUCACACGACGAAAUCAAGAAACUUCUUCACUAUCAAUACGAUGAAGAUAAAAAGGAAUUCCAAUCAUUUUUACAAUAUGCUCCUAAGCAACGGUGUUAUGUGAUGUUUUUUGCUGCCAUGAUCACAACUGUUCCAGGCGCUGGUCAUCCUGCAAAUCCAUUCUCCAUUGGUUUAGGCUGGACUUGGUGUGCACGGAUCAUGAAUAUGUCGCAACGCGAAAUCACUCCCACUUUGAUUCAUGCUUUUUUGGAAAUUGCUGGCAAUCGCAUGGUUCAAGCUUAUCCUCGUCAAUUCCCCAAGGUGCUACGUCUUCUUUAUGAUCAAGUCAUUCCUACUACACCAAUUCAUCCAAACAAAGAUAACGUCAGUGCUAUUUCGGUUUUGAAAAUGUAUUUGGAGGAUUAUUUCAAUACUGGAAAUAUGGUACCAAUCCCUGAAAUUAUGAAAGCUAAUGUAUAGUCUAGACAUUUCCUCCUUUCCCUUCACUUUUUGUUAUACUGUUUUUUUUUAUAUACUAUCUUGAUCUUUUUGUCACCUUCAUCUUUUGUAGAUCUUUUCCAGUUCAUGUUUAUAUAUAUAUUCCAUUUUGUUUUUAUACAUAUUUUUAAUCCCCAUUUAUAUGUUUUUUUUUUUUAAUGAUUCAAAUAAAGCAUCAUCCAUUUAUCUGUCAUCGUUAUUAAAAUCUACAAAAAGAGAACUUCUUUUGAUGGCGGAUGAAUGAAUAAAAAAGGUGAAU